GCAGUCAACGACUCAUUUUUUCCGACCACUUCAGGCAACGGAGGAGCGUCGCAGCUCUCACAGACUGCUUCGUUUCUUUACAAGUUUGGAGAUGCUCCAGGGGGCAGUGAGCAGCGCCGUGCUCUGCCUGUUAUGUUCCCUCCUGCUGGGUGUCUGUUGCCCAGCAGAGGGUGCAGGGGCAGCGGGGCCACUUUCUACUUUACUCCCUAAACAACAGUCUGGGGAAUCAGACCUUGAGGAUUUGGAGUGGGGAUCUGGAUCAUCUCUUCUGCACCUGCUCCACAGUUUCCCUGCUGACAGCCCCUUCAUAACAGAGACCCCAGGAAAACCAGUCAACUGCACCCAGCGCUUCUGGCUACCACCGUCCUCGGCAAUCUGCUGGGAAAACAUAGCUGGACCGGAGGAGUUUGCCAGGUCCCGUCUGCUUGUCCUCCAAAACAGGGCUGCCCUGCAGGCUGUGUCCACCAUCAGCGGGAUGGAGGAGGGAGGGGUCUCCUAUGAAUUUCAAGCCAAAGAGGAGGUGCAGGGGAUCCACUCAGAUCAUCUGAGUGUGGUAGAAACUUUGCAGACCAUGGAGAAGGAGUUUGCCUCUUUGGAGGAGACAAGGAGAGAGGGGAAGGAGAAGGGAGUCCUUACAAGCAUGAAGGAGCAUCUUGCCAACACAAGAGACGCCAUAGAAGGAAGAGAGCACAUGGCAAACAUCCUGGAGAAUCAUUUUUCCACUUUAGAGAAUACUUUGCUUAACAUCCAGCUUCGACUGAACAAACUCGUCCCGCAGUGACGGUAACAAGGACUGGUUGUCCUAUUUGUGCUGGAUUAAUAUAUUCAUGUACAUUUUUGUACAACAAUGUAGCAAAUGCAUGCAUGCUCAGGAUUAUGUAAGUAGUAACACUUGAUAUGCACCUUAUGUCAUUAUUUAGAGAUAAAUAAACCUCACACAUCAGUGAGAUUUGAUGCACAAGUAGCUGUUAAAUCAGGUUUUAUAUUUCCAGUUUGCAGACAUGUUCCACAUGGAGAUUUCAUGGUCACGCUAGCAGCAUCUAGUAAAACCACAAGACAUUUGUGAAGCUGGGUACAGAAUAUUUGACUUGUUUA